UUGAUCUGGAUCUUUUCGGGCUCAGUAGAAGCCGCUCUUGCCCCUGUAUUUUGUCGGUCGCACUUCGGAGGCUGGAGCCCGACACGCCGCAGGAUCUGUCGGCAUCCAGGUGAACGCAGCGUUCGCCUCCCGCAAAGCGAAGCCUGAAAAGCCAGGCAGGGCACAGGCACCGUCCGCUGCCGCCUUGCAAGCCGCGGGGGCUUCUGAGUGUCACCCAGGGCGGCGGCGGCGGCGGGGGGGGGCAGACCGGAAAACUCCCUCCAGAUCCCCCCAGCCCGCGCACGUCGCUCUGCUAUAAGAGGAGUCCCCUAGACCGAGCGGGACGUACUGGGGUUGCCAUUGCCAUGGCAAUCCCCCCCGCGCCAGCAGGAGCCGGGGAAGCCGAGGAAGGUGAGGAAGAAGCGGAAAGUCCUUCAGUGGCUCUGUGCGCUGCUGCCGGUGUCCCUGCACGGCGGCCGCUGCCUUAGCCCAGUCGCUGGGGCAAGGGCUGGGACAGGCCCCUUCGCAUGCCGCGUGCGCGCCCGCGGAGAGGAUGUGGCGCCUCUAGCCAACUUCCCCCGGGCUCUGGCCAAGAUGGGUUCCUAUCUUGUUAAUGCAACAUUCCAGUCCAAAAUAACAGAAGGGGAAGAUAUUAUUGUUGGAAUGAUUUAUACAGUGUUUGGAAUAUGCUCCUUGUGUGGAAACAGUAUUCUUCUGUAUGUUUCCUACAAGAAAAAGAAUUUGCUAAAACCAGCAGAAUACUUCAUGAUCAACCUUGCCAUCAGUGACCUUGGUAUGACUCUGACCUUGUACCCUCUAGCUGUUACAUCCAGCCUUUCUCACAGAUGGCUGUAUGGUAAACAAGUUUGCUUGUUCUAUGCAUUUUGCGGUGUACUUUUUGGGAUCUGCAGUCUGUCAACACUAACAUUACUGAGUACUGUGUGCUGCCUCAAAAUUUGUUUUCCAGCUUAUGGGAACAGAUUUAGGCAAGAACAUGGACGAAUCUUGAUAGCCUGCGCAUGGGCCUAUGCAGCAAUUUUUGCCUGUUCACCCCUAGCUCACUGGGGAGAGUAUGGAGCAGAGCCCUAUGGUACAGCUUGUUGCAUUGAUUGGCAUUCAUCAAAUGUAAACACGGUGGCAAUGUCUUACACCGUAGCUCUCUUUGUCUUCUGCUUUAUCAUCCCCUGUGGGGUAAUUGUUACGUCCUAUACCCUCAUUCUGAUAACUGUCAAAGAAUCCAGAAAAGCAGUGGAACAGCAUGUCUCAGGUCCCACCAGGAUGAGCAACGUGCAGGCUAUUACAGUCAAGAUGAGCAUUGCUGUAUGCAUUGGAUUUUUUACUGCCUGGAGCCCCUAUGCCAUCAUAGCCAUGUGGGCAGCUUUUGGCUCCAUAGAAGGGAUUCCUCCACUAGCCUUUGCUGUGCCAGCUGUCUUUGCAAAGUCCUCAACACUCUACAACCCAGUUACCUAUCUUCUUCUGAAGCCCAAUUUCCGAAGCACCCUUGCCAAAGAUUUUGGAGUUCUCCAGCAAUUAUGCAUCAGGACUUGUUUUUGCCUCAAGGCCCUACAGAGUUGCAGUUACAGUUUUCCUGGUUCCCUCACGUGUCCUUUGAUAGAAUGCCUAAUGGAGCAUGAACUUGUUAAAAAGGAUGUUUGACUCUCACAAUGCAGACUUCAUUCAGAUUUCAGAUGAUGGGUAGAACAUUUUUUGUUUUACAGUGAACAUCGAACCCUCAGCUUAUUCCUUUUUGGAGUUAAUGGGAGCAGGAUUGUGCCUUUGAAGAGAAUUAUGAAGCAAUGCCCAGUGUCCCCAAGCAAUCAGACUGACAGUCAAAUUCUGAAUUAUGUUUGUUGUUUGAAAAAAGUUCUUUUUACAUUAAAUGCUUUUUCUGGUGUAAUCAGUCACAGAAAAUUCUUCCCAACCUGUCUGCCUUUGGAUUGGUCCAUCUAUCAUUUUUCAGAGUUAGACUAUUGUUAUGAGUUACUUGCAAAUAAAUGUAUUUGCAAAUCAUGAUGCUGCUGAUUACAGGGUCUUCUUGACAUUAUGUAUUAAGGUCUUAUGAAAAACGCUGGAGUCAAUUAUUGGAAGAAAAAUUUGUUUUUCAAGGUGAAACAAUAAAAGGAGUGAUAUCAUCA